UUUCAGCAGCAGCGGAAUCGGUCGGAGACUCAGCCGGAAUGUGGCGGUUGUACGACAAAUAAUGGAUGUAAAUGUGUCGGAGAGAAAGGAUCAAGAGGUUUUCCAGGACUCCCAGGGCCGCAGGGUCCUCAGGGAAACACUGGGUUUGAGGGACCAGAAGGGCUGAUUGGACCUAAAGGCAUUAAAGGUGAACCAGGCUCAACAGGUAUCCACGGUCCCAAAGGUGACAGAGGUAAAAUGGGUAUGCCAGGAUUUCCAGGUAUCAGCGGUAUUCCAGGUUUGCAAGGUCCCCCAGGUCCAAGAGGUCCAGCAGGUCUUGAUGGAUGUAAUGGAACACAGGGAGAGCCUGGUGUGGCAGGUCGACCAGGUGAGCCGGGAACCGAGGGUAUCCCAGGUUUUGAUGGAGUUAAAGGUCAAAAGGGGGAACCAGGAACAGCUGUAGCAGGAUUUAAAGGACAAAAAGGAGAGUCUGGACCUUCUGGAAUCCCAGGUGCACCAGGUCUGAAUGGUAAUGAUGGACUACCAGGACAGCCAGGUGACAUCGGACCACGUGGAUAUACAGGUCCCCCAGGUCUUCCAGGUAACCCCGGUCAGAAAGGUAACAUGGGUAUCAAUUACAAGCCAGAGAAGGGAGAUAAAGGAGCCAGGGGGCCUAAGGGUAUCCCUGGACCACCAGGAACAACGAAAUUACCAUUUACCGGAAACAAUGAGACAUUGCAAGGUGCUAAAGGUGAGAGGGGUAUGAAAGGGCAGAAAGGAGAGGCUGGUCCUUAUGGACCCCGUGGUUUCCCAGGAGCAGACGGACAACCAGGUCGUAUUGGAGAACCAGGUAUGCAUGGAGAAAAGGGUGUCCCAGGAAUUGCUGGUCCGAGGGGUAAACAAGGUUUGCCAGGUAUCCCAGGAUUUACAGGACCUAAGGGUGACAGCGGUGAAGAUGGACUACCAGGUUUAUCCGGUUUGCCAGGUAUGAAGGGAGAAAGAGGUUACACUGGCAUGAAGGGUAAUGUUGGACCAAGAGGACCCCAGGGACCCCCAGGUGGACCUGGAGGUGGUGAUGGACAAGUUGGUGACCCAGGACCGCCCGGACCUAGAGGUCCAAGUGGAGAAGAUGGACUUCCAGGAUUACCAGGUGCACGAGGUGAAAACGGAAUUCAAGGCCCUAGAGGAGGACCCGGUAUUCCAGGCCCACCAGGACCCCAGGGAAAUGAUGGACCUGAGGGAGAAAAAGGCGAAAUGGGUCUUCAAGGAUUUCCUGGAUUGGAUGGGUUACCAGGACAACCAGGUUACCCUGGUGCUAAAGGUGAACAAGGUUUCAAAGGAGAAGCAGGUCGUUCAAUUCCUGGAGAACCAGGUCGUCCUGGUGAACCAGGACGUGAUGGAUUUCCCGGAGCAAAAGGAGAUUCCGGUCCACGUGGUCUACCUGGAUUGCCAGGAAAUUCUUCAGUGGGUCGUACUGGCUUACCUGGACAGAAAGGAGAAAGGGGCCUCCCAGGUAAUUCUGGUCUAGAUGGUUUACCAGGUCCCGCUGGACGUGAUGGUCCAAAAGGUGAAAUUGGUGGAAGCUGUAACCUGUGUCAGAAUGGUUACAAAGGAGAAAAGGGAGAAGCUGGGUUGCCAGGACGACCUGGGUUGUCCGGAGAGCGUGGACCAGAGGGACCUGUUGGUCCUAAAGGAGAAGCUGGACUUGAUGGUUUGCCUGGUCAACAAGGACUUCAAGGAGUACCCGGAGAGAAGGGAUUGCCUGGAUUACAGGGAAUUCCAGGAGAACCAGGGAAAGAUGCAUUUGUUCCGAUUGAUAUUCUUACACCACCAAAGGGAGAGCCUGGAGAGCCAGGUAUUAAUGGUCUGAAUGGAGAACGUGGACCCCCAGGACCCCAGGGUCCUAGAGGACCACAGGGUUUUGCUGGAAUCCAGGGAGAAAAGGGUACACCUGGUGUCGAUGGCAUGCCGGGACGUCCAGGUAUGAAGGGUGAGUCAGGUAUUCCUGGUAAGAAGGGAGAACCAGGGUUUGGUAUGCCUGGUGCGGCAGGAGAGCGCGGGGAACCUGGGCAACCAGGUUUGCCAGGACUUCCAGGAAUGAAGGGUGACAAGGGUAUGGCAGGUGAAACUAUCUUUAUUGGAAAUGAGCUUAAAGGAGCUAAAGGUGACAGAGGCCCUGCUGGUCCCCCAGGAUUGCCAGGACUGGAUGGUCUACCAGGAUCGGAUGGCUCAUCCGGGGAACCAGGUCUGCCAGGCCUUGAUGGGUUACCAGGACGACCAGGGGAACCAGGAUUAGAUGGAAGACCAGGAGAGCCGGGACCCAGAGGUUUGACCGGUGUGAGAGGAGAUAAGGGAGCUGUUGGUGUUGCUGGGCUGCCAGGAUUUGAUGGACCGCAGGGAGAGCCAGGCGUGCCAGGUCUGCCAGGCCUUCAAGGAUUGAAGGGUGAACCUGGUAUACCAGGAAAUGCAGUAGUAGGACCAAAAGGUGAACCAGGAAUCAACGGAGAACCAGGCGCUCCAGGAUUGGAUGGACGAAAGGGUGACCGAGGAAUGCCUGGUCUAGAUGGGUUACCUGGCAUGAAAGGAAACCCUGGUUUGAACGGAGCACCUGGUCUUGACGGCAGGCCCGGACUGAAGGGAGAGCCCGGACCGAUUGGACCACGAGGAUUGUCUGGUGAACCAGGAGAACCCGGAUUACCCGGACUACCAGGAGCUGUAGGAUUUAAGGGUGAGCCUGGGUUACCAGGGGUACCCGGACUUCAGGGUGGUAAGGGUGAUAUUGGAGAGAGUGGAUUUAGUGGUAGGGAUGGUUUACCUGGUCUGGAUGGAGCUCCCGGACCCAGAGGCCCCGAUGGUGACGAUGGACUCCCAGGACUUUCAGGACCAAAGGGCGAGGUUGGUGUUGUAGGAUUCCCUGGAGAACCUGGACGUGAUGGGCUGCCAGGAUUGCCAGGUGUUCGUGGAUCAAAGGGAGAACGUGGCUUCCCAGGACGUGACGGUGAACCCGGACUUUCUGGACGACCAGGAGAGAAGGGCGACAAUGGAGUACCAGGUUUACCAGGGAUGGACGGGGAACCAGGACUAUCAGGUUUACCAGGAAUGAAAGGUGACCGAGGACUACCAGGUCUUAGUGGACAACCAGGAAGCAGAGGAUUUGAUGAUUUAUCAAGUUUAAUUUGUGAACCCCAAAGGUUUCCAGGUAUGAAGGGUGAACAAGGUCUUCCUGGCAUCGGUCAGCCUGGUGAGAGAGGUUUCCCCGGGGAACCAGGUCGUGACGGACUUGACGGUUUACCAGGAAAUGCCGGAGCAAAGGGAGAUGCUGGAGUUCCCGGAUUCCCUGGAAUGAAGGGGGAACGAGGAGUUGAUGGGUUACCAGGCAACUCAGGACUUCCAGGUCUGGAUGGAUUACCUGGAAUGAAAGGAAACGCUGGUUUACCAGGUAGACCAGGGGAGCCAGGUGCCCCAGGUGACGACGGACUUCCUGGUCUCGAUGGUGUGCCAGGUGCUAAAGGGGAACCAGGACUUCCAGGACGCUCUGGACUACCCGGUUUGGAUGGCAUGAAGGGUGAGAGAGGAUUCCCAGGACCAGAGGGACCAUCAGGUGAACCCGGUUUACCAGGAAUGAAGGGUGAUAGUGGACUUCCAGGUUUGCCAGGUCUUCAAGGACGCAAGGGAGAUUCAGGCUUCCCAGGGGAACCAGGUCGUGAUGGUUUCAAGGGUGAGCCUGGAUUCCCAGGACGUGAUGGGGAACCAGGAGUACCUGGGGAGAAGGGAGACAGAGGUUUUAAUGGUUUAGCUGGACGAAAGGGAGAGCCAGGACGUGAUACUGUUGGCCAGAAGGGUGAGGAAGGUCCAAGAGGUCUGCCAGGUUUAGACGGUCUUAGAGGCCAGAAGGGUGAACCAGGACCUAGUGGACGAGAUGGAUUCCCAGGAGCUAAAGGAGAACCAGGUAUACCAGGAGAGGGUCUUCCAGGAAUGAAGGGAGAACCUGGCUUCCCAGGCAGAGAGGGAGAGCCAGGAUUAAGAGGUGAACCCGGACAAGAUGGCUUACCUGGUGCUCCAGGACGUAAAGGUGAUCGUGGAGAACCCGGUCUUCCCGGACUUCGAGGUGAAGAUGGUCUCACAGGUCUACCUGGUGAAAAAGGUGAACCUGGUAUCCCAGGAGUCCCCGGUCUGCCAGGCAUGAAGGGAGAACCAGGUUUGAACGGUAUUAAUGGACCACAAGGACCUAAAGGUGACAGUGGAUUCCCUGGGCGUAAUGGACUAAAGGGAGAUAGAGGUUUCCCUGGAGAAAAAGGAAUGAAAGGUGACCCUGCUCCACUGAAUGUUGUAAAAGGUGCAAAAGGUGAGCCCGGACCUGAGGGUUUCCCAGGAGUCAACGGUCUUCCAGGCCCGCGCGGAGAACCAGGAGAGCCAGGAUUCCCUGGUGCACGUGGACCUCAAGGUGAUAUUGGUGUCCCAGGUUAUCCAGGAAUGAAGGGAGAAGAGGGAGCUAGAGGUUUUGAUGGUCGACCAGGCUUAGACGGUCUUGAUGGUCCUCGAGGUCCGCAGGGUCUUCAGGGUAUACCAGGUAAAGCGGGUUACGUACCACCGGUCGGUUUCUUAAUGACGAAACACAGUCAGUCGAGAAACGUACCUACAUGUCCAGACGGUAUGGGUAAAAUGUGGGAAGGUUACAGUCUGUUAUAUGUUGAAGGAAACGAGAGAUCACAUCAUCAAGAUUUAGGUUGGGCCGGCUCCUGUAUACGCAGAUUCAGUACGAUGCCUUUCUUAUUCUGUGGUACGGACAACGUAUGUAACUACGCUAGCAGGAACGACAAAUCUUACUGGCUGUCGACAAACGCCCCGAUGCCAAUGAUGCCUGUUGGGGAGACCGACAUUCCUCCAUACAUCAGUCGAUGUGUCGUCUGCGAUGCUCCCUCUAAUGUAAUGGCUGUUCACAGUCAGACGCUUACUAUUCCAGAUUGUCCGAUUGGUUGGAAUGGUCUUUGGAUCGGAUACAGCUUCGUCAUGCACACUGGUGCAGGACCGAGUGGAGGAGGUCAAGCGUUAUCUAGUCCUGGUAGUUGUUUAGAAGAUUUCCGUGCUACUCCGUUUAUAGAAUGUAACGGUGCUAGAGGCACCUGUCAUUUCUUUGCUAAUAAAUACAGUUUCUGGCUGACAACAAUAGGAGAAAAUCAGCAAUUUAGAGUACCUGUAUCGGAGACUCUUAAAGCGGGAGAUCUUCGUUCACGCGUCAGUAGGUGUCAAGUUUGCGCCAAGGUUGUCCGAGGAUAAUAAACUUAAUUUAGUUAAUACAGCUUAGUUUGUAAACUUCAUGUGAGAUUAUUAUACAUUUUUCAUCAGUUUAGGAGAGAAUAAACAAAAUUUGUAUAGUCAUUUUUAAGGAAUCGUGUUGUUUUGUUCAUAUUAUAUGUGCCAGUUUUAUAUCACUUUUUUUGUAUAUAUGUAAUUUUUUUUUCAUAAUGACUGACUGUAGACAGUGUUUUUAGACAAUUAUUUCAUGUAGAGAUGUUUGCUAUGUGAAUGCGAGAUUCUUUGGCAAUUUGCCAAUAUGUGCCUUAAAUAUGAGAUUAUAUAAAUUUUGCAAAACUUUGUAGCUAAACUUGUUUUUUUUGUUGAUUUUUUUUGCAAGUAAAUUUUUUAAGCUUUUUGUGUGAAAUUAUAAUCAUUUGAUAGUAGGCAUGGCAACAAUAAAAAAUAUGUUUAUAAAAAGGCAUUUAUUAAAUCUUAUUUGGUAGCCUAACAGUUGCAAAAUCAAAAAAAAAAGAAAUAUUGUAAAUUGAUGUAAACAAAAUAUUGCCAAAUAUUUACCAAUUAUAUUGAUAGUUUAAUAUUUCUAGUUGCCAUUUGAUACAUAAGCAUAUAUACAAUUAUUCUAACUAUCAAAUGAUUAAAGUUUUUAUAGUGUGAGUGAUGACGUAUGUUAGUUGGCUAAUCUGUGAUCUGAUAUCCGAUUCACACUGCCAUUUGAUUGGCUGAGAAAAAAAUGGGUAAUAGUAUGUCUCAUUUCAUUGGUGGAUUCCAAAGCUGUGAAAGCGAUUUUCUCAUUGGACAGAUUAUUUAGUCAGUAUCCAAUCUGAUUGGACAAUAAAGAAAAUUGCUUCGUCACUGACAAGCCGUGAGCCAUCUGUAAAAUGAGUCGUGAUUGGUUGUUAUAUUUAGCUUAUGAUUAUUAUCUAUGUCUGUUUUCAAUUUUCAUCACGGCUCAGACGAUACAUGUAUUAUUUAGUAUUUCUUCUUCAUUUCUGUAAAUUAGAGUUCUUCAUAAAGAAAAUGUUUGAAAUUAUCAUUAAAUUAGGAGAAAAAACCGCGUUGGGUGAUUAAUUGGUAAUAAAGUAUUUGAGAUUAUGAAAAUUAAUAAUUAGUGGACAUUGAUAAUUUAAUUCUUGUUUUAUUGAGUAGUAACGAUUUCUAAUGUACUAUGCAAAUUGAUUAAAACUAUGCAAUAAUUAUAGAAACGUGUUCUUUAAUAAUCUGGUGAGAAUUGGAACUGUUGCAAUUACAUUGAAGUAUUGCCAUGCACUAUUACCAUAAUAAUAAUACUGUAUAUAUAUACGUUCUUGUAUAUAUAUCUUCUAUAUUUUAGUGUUGUUUAAAUUGUUACAUAGCGAUCCGGGAGAAUUAAUCAUUUAAAACUUAUCUUCUUAUUCUAAAGUAAUGUUGUUGUAUUUUCAAAUGUAAAAAAGAUAACGAAUUUGAAUAUUAAAAAGUAAAAAAGUCACUAUCGACCUAAAAAAAGUUAAAAUUUAAACAACAAAAUGAAAGUAAACUUUUCCUUGAAAGAUUUUCUCUUUUUGGCAAGUGUUUUUAUCUGUCAGUAGUUUGUUAUUCUUGGUUUUGGAGAAAAUAAAACGCAUAUUUGUAAACAAUAUAACACCAUGAGCGAGUAGUCGGUUUUCAAGUACAGUAGUGAUUAUAGAUAUGAGCCACUUCCAACAGCCUUACUCAAAGGUUUGGGGUUCAGCCCAAAGUCAGUGCCUUAGUAUUUUUCAGGAAGUGAAUUCACUGCAUUACCUUCAUAUAAAAUGGACAUAACCUGUUUUUAUCACCUCUUGAUUUUCAUAUUGACACAAUAACGUUCAUGUUGAUAGUGGUACAUGUUGAUAGUGACUGCCUUUCUCAAUUAAAACAUCAAACAGCAAAUGCUCAAAACGACUGCUCUCAAAAUUUCUGUAAGAGAAGUUGAUAUUAUUUUAAUGAAUACUCCCUCAGUGAGUUCACCACAUGUGCCAAAACUUUGUACAGACAUGAGAUUCACGUGCUUGUUGUCUCAUCAUCGUAGCAAUCUAGUCACUGUACAGCUUCAUUCUUUGUAAGUGCCAAACAUCUUGAUAUAUUGUGUCAAUCUUCAGAAUAAAGAUUUUGGUAUUUAAUA